AUGGGCAAUAUCCCGACCAACACACCGGCACUUGUCGUCUUCCCCGGACUAUGUUGCACCACGGACCGCAACUUCACCAGCUACGGCAUCGGCGUCGUGCAGAACGGUCGCAACACGACCUACUACCCGACCUUCUGCAAGUCGCCGCAAGGCCUGCGCCUGUGGGGAUUCUACUACGCGCUGACGGCCGACGGGCAGCUACCACGAGACGCUGCGCAUGGGCGCCGGCAUGUUCGAUAUCACCGACAUCCCCGGCAGCUGUCGUACUGUGCGGUUGGUGUCUUCGUAAGCUUGGGAAGCUCAGAGGUCAACACGUUUGGCUGAGACUGGGAAUUACGCGAGGAACAAGGCGUAUAUGUGCGUUUCUUCUGACUGAAGAAAGGAAUGACAAGAGAGCAUACGAAUAUCAAAGAGAACCUGCUGCUCACUGUAGGCAUCCAAUUACCUAUUACCUUAGGUACU